UUGAGUUGUUGCAUUGAACAGGUACUAUAAACUAAUCGAAAAACACCAAAAUGAAGGCUAUCGUAUUUAUGUUUUGCGUCUUUAUAGCCAUUUAUGCUUACGCAGUUCCGAUAAAGCGACCUGCAGCAUAUUAUAACAGCAUAGAAAGCUGUCUCAAAAAUAUAAUGUUAAACAAAACUGUAAUUCCCAUUACGAAACUUAACUUUUCUCAAAUUCUCCCGAAAAAUAAAUACGAUGACGUGGUCAAUGCUAACAUUUGCGCAUUAAAGAAAGAUGGUAUAAUCACUCCAGAAGGCACACUGUCUAAAAGUAGUCUAGAUCAAUAUUGCGCAAAAGUUCUUUUGAAUGAUGAGAAGAUACUAAAAUGUCAAAAGAUCGUCAAAGAUUGCACUGAUUUAGUAUGUGGUGGUCCAGGAUGUACUUCUGAGAUGAUAAAACCAGCUGUAGAGUGUGGAAUAAACAGUAAUAUAUUAUCGCUUCUCGACUUUUCAAUACAAUUAUAGAUACAGAAUGAAGUAUAUUAAAGGAAACUGUAUAAGUAGCAUUUAGUAAAAGUAUUUAGUAUUAAAAGUGUUGAGUAAUAUAGUUGAUAUUUAAAAUUGGUAUAGUAAACUUGAC